AUGCAGCCAACGCACUUUUUCACUGUCACCUCAAUCGGCAUAAGUCUUUUUGCCACGUUUGAGGAAGCGAAAAAUAUAUGCGAGGACCAGGGACUAGAAAUUACUUCAGUGUCAGAUAGCCAGGAGUCCCAGUCAAUUGACAAUUACCUCAACUACAUAGGAUUGGGUUCGGAGUCACUGUUUACCUCGCUGCCAGCUGAAGGGGCUGACCUGAAUUGGGGCGUGGGGAAGCCCCCUGGCGGCCCUGGCGAGUGCCUGACCCAAUUCAAGGGUGCCUUUUACAACGCCUCCUGCAACCAGCCCUCGCAGUUCUCCUGCCAGGAGAAACCUGCACCAACAGGAGAGACAACAGAAGGAUACAACUUGUUUUCAUCGAUCGGGGAUGCCGUUUUGAACUUCGUUGGGGGUAAAAACAUUAUCGCUCCAUCUGAUAGGGCAAGUGUGCCCCAGGCGACUAGCAUGUGCAAGGACCAGGGCAUGCAACUGAUGGGUCUCGAUUCGCUGACGCAGCUCGGCUCUGUGCAGGCCUUCCUGGGAGGAAUUGGUCUGUCUUCGAGCACCCUGCUGACCUCAUUAAAGAAGACGACGAGUGACUCGAGCUCCAACUGGCUGGGUGACCUGGCGUCGGCACUGCUGCCGCCGCCAGCGAACCCUGCCGACGCUGGUGACUGCAUGGGCAUCAGUUCCCUCGGACUGCUCGGCGUCAGUUGCGACAUGGUUUCCAACUUUGUGUGCGAGGCGCCGCCACCGAAACUAAUCAGCGACACUGGGGAAGAGCUACCCUUCAGCAAAGACCUGUUGAGCAUGGCCACAGCACUCGGCGUCGGCACUUUUCUGGAACCAGAAAGUUCAACAACCCUGCGCAAACCCUCAGUCAUUGUUUCUAAGACGCCGACGAGAAAAUCUAAUGCUAUCACAACUUCAAGCACUCUUGCGAAUAUAAGUCCAUUUUCAACAAUUAAUGGCAUAAUCGGCGGCGUUACAAAUGCUGUAACCAAUAUUUUUUCGGUGGCAGUUGUAACAACGCCAGCCAUGCUGCCGCCGCCAGGUGCAACGCUAUACGUCCAGGUCCCAGGGCCAACUACCGCAGCCCCAGCAUCAACGGUGGUGCUCUUAGGAGCAGCUCAAGAGAGUGGCAACGGAGCUUAUUCAGGGACCGAGACAACCAAUACUUCUACCUCCACCAUGAUCACCACUGACACUACUGCACCCAUUUUACCUUUCAAUGCUUCCGGAUUUGGACGAGACAUCUUCAGUCCAAACAUCACAUUACCAUAUGCGAACGCGAUUGAGUAUUGCAACAAUUACUCAUUGGACCUGGUGGUCCUUGAUUGCUUCGAAAAGUUCCAAAUGAUUUACAACUUAACUGGACCAAAUUCAGGUCGCGAAAAUCAUUCGUUUUACGCGGGACUGACGUGGAACUAUAAGUGGUCUGCAUCGUUCUUCAGUGACAAAUACGCGAGAGAUGCAGUAAACAAGGCAAACAACGGCUCAUGCAUCGUGUUGUCCAACAAUUCGUACCGAUGGACGACUUGCAACGAAAGCCUUUAUUUCGUUUGCGAAUCCCAAAAAUCAAAUAUAAAUAUGGGUUCAGUUCUCAACUACUCCGUUUUCCGAAACUACGCUGCGCAACUAUUUAUUCAGUACACAAAUUACGAGGCCAGGAGUUAUUGCUUUGACCACAAAUUCGCCCUAGCAGCGAUUGACCGUUUCUUUGAGCUCUAUGGAGAGCUCAAGUACUUAAUUUACAUCACGGGCAAGGACUGCACAAUCACCUAUCCUUAGCAAAAAUCUAGUAUGAGUUUCGCAGGCAUGGAAGAUGUUCCUUUCCACGUCUCCGUCAACAAGAUCAAUGGCUCGUUUCCCAGAGAAAGGUACCUAGAAUGGGCACCUGGUAACCCUGACAACUCAAAGGAC